UAUUUCUCACAACAAUAAAAAUAAAAAUAAAAAUAAAAAUCACACCUUCCGUCCUUCCUUACCAGUCUCUUUUCUCUCUCCUUCCUCCUGUAAAUUUUGAAAAACAUAAACCUUCUUCUAAUCUUCUCCACUCCUACUACUCCAUCAAAACCUCUCUUUUUUCUACCUAGGGUUUCACUCAAUCAUUCAAUCAAUCGAUCGAUUUUUAUCAGUUUCUCUCUCCUCGGAUAUCAUUAAUGGCGGACGAUUCAAUCUCUCAGCCAUCUUCUUCAUCGUCAAUGGCGGCGGCAGCUGCUUCGCUCGGACAUUCAGUCAUCCCGAUAGUAAACAAGCUACAAGAUAUAACGGCGCAAUUAGGAAGUACUCCUGGUUUCGACUUGCCGCAAGUCGCCGUUGUCGGAAGCCAAAGUAGCGGUAAAUCGAGCGUUCUUGAAGCGCUUGUUGGACGCGAUUUCUUGCCGCGAGGGUGCGAUAUCUGUACGCGUCGUCCGCUUGUGCUUCAGUUGUUGCAGACGAAGAACAGUGAUGAGGAGUGGGGAGAGUUCUUGCAUCUUCCUGGAAAGAGAUUCUUUGAUUUCAAUGAUAUUCGGAGGGAGAUUCAGGCAGAAACUGAUAAAGAGGCUGGAGAAAACAAAGGAGUUUCUGACAAGCAGAUCCGUCUUAAAAUAUUUUCACCUAAUGUUCUCGAUAUUACUUUAGUUGACCUUCCGGGUAUAACAAAAGUUCCAGUUGGUGAUCAGCCAUCUGAUAUCGAAGGACGAAUAAGAACCAUGAUAAUGUCCUACAUCAAAAUUUCGAGCUGCUUAAUAUUAGCAGUUACCCCUGCAAACUCUGAUCUAGCAAAUUCAGAUGCCCUGCAGAUGGCUGGAAUUGCAGAUCCUGAUGGAUACCGAACAAUUGGUGUAAUUACAAAGCUCGACAUUAUGGACAGGGGAACAGAUGCUCGCAAUUUUUUGCUGGGAAAAGUUAUACCACUACGUCUUGGUUAUGUGGGUGUUGUGAAUCGUAGUCAAGAGGACAUAUUGAAUAACAGGAGCAUAAAAGACGCACUUGUGGCCGAGGAGAAGUUCUUCCUUAGCCGUCCAGUGUACAGUGAUAUUGCGGAUCGAUGUGGCGUUCCACAGCUGGCUAAAAAAUUAAACCAGAUCCUAGUACGACACAUCAAAGCAGUUCUUCCUAAUCUAAAAGCGCGAAUCAGCGCACAGCUUGUUUCUGUUGCUAAGGAGCAUGCAAGCUACGGAGAAGCCAUUGAAUCUAAGGCUGGUCAGGGUGCUGUCAUCUUAAACAUACUAUCUAAGUACUCCGAAGCUUUUUCUUCUAUGAUAGAAGGGAAGAACGAAGAGAUGUCAACAUCUGAAUUAUCUGGUGGUGCAAGAAUUCAUUACAUAUUCCAAUCGAUAUUUGUAAAGUGCUUAGAGGAGGUUGAUCCAUGUGAGGAUUUAAGUGACGAGGAUAUCCGCACAGCUAUUCAGAAUGCAACUGGUCCCAAGUCUGCAUUAUUCGUUCCUGAUGUACCAUUUGAAGUUCUUAUCAGAAAGCAAAUUGAACGUCUAUUAUCACCAAGUAUCCAAUGUGCACAGUUUAUAUAUGAUGAGCUGAUUAAGAUGAGCCAUCGAUGUCUAGUUGGUGAACUGCAGCGCUUUCCUAUACUUAGAAAGCGAAUGGAAGAAGUUGUUAAUAGCUUUUUGAGAGAGGGCCUCUCGCCUGCCGAAUCAAUGAUUAGUCAUCUUAUUGAUAUGGAGAUGGAUUACAUAAACACUUCACACCCUAAUUUUCUUGGUGGAGCCAAAGCUGUAGAGGUUGCUUCUCAACACGUCAAGUCCGCAAGAUCUUCUGUAUCUAUCACAAAGCCAAAGGAUGGUGGGGAUUCAGACAAAGCACCUGCAUCUGAAAGGACCAUCAAAACUCGAGCUAUUCUUCCUAGAAAUGCAAAUGGAGUUGUUGCGGAACAGAGCAAUCGAUCUGCAGCAGAUGGUGAAAAAGCUGCUCAUUCUGGAGCAGCAAAUAACUCAAGUUGGGGGAUUUCAUCAAUUUUUGGUGUUAGUGACAAUCGCACUUCUUCUAAAGAAACUUCUCACAACAAGUCUUUCUCCGAGCCUGCUCAUACCUUGGACCAUGCCUUUUCGAUGAUACUUUUGAAGGAACCACCAACAAUACUUAGGCCAGCAGAGACUCAUACAGAAAGUGAGGCAAUUGAAAUUACUGUCACCAAAUUGUUGUUGAAGUCAUACUAUGACAUUGUCAGAAAGAAUGUGGAAGACUCUGUGCCUAAGGCAAUCAUGCACUUCCUGGUGAGAUUUGGUUUUGUAAACCAUACAAAACGAGAGCUGCACAAUGUAUUUAUCAAGAAGCUCUACAGGGAAAAUCUAUUUGAGGAGAUGUUGCAAGAACCUGAUGAAGUGGCAACGAAAAGGAAGCAAACUCGAGAUAAACUACGCAUUCUCAACCAAGCUUUCCGGGUACUUGAUGAGUUGCCACUAGAGGCGGAUACAGUUGAGAAGGGAUACAGUUUGGGGACUGAUGCUACUGGUUUGCCUAAGAUUAACGGGCUCCUAUCACCCGGGUACUCAACAAGCAGUCAUUCAAGUGAUUCCUAUUCGGCCUCCCCAAAAAACCACAAGUCUAGGAAGUCAUCCCAUUCAGGUGAACUUCAAUCACCAUUUUAUGGUAAUGCAGAUUCUAAUGGAAAUGGUCGUGGCUCGCUACCUGGUCUUUAUCCAACUAUUCAUAUAUGAUUAUACCAUCGAUUGGUCUGCUCAGUCAUGAAAUUUCAUUAAUUUGGAUUGGUCCGCCUGGUAUUUUUGAAUCUCUAUUCUCUGGUGAAAACAAAAUCCAUAAGAAUCCUUUAACUGUUUGUCAAGAUUCAUUACUACCCGAAGUUGCCUCCUGCAUUUCCUGUUUGCAGUCAGUGAUAUUUUCAGUUGCAAAAGAGUUAGAGGUGAUAAAAAGAAUACUGCAGAUUUUGUAUCAUAAUUUUUUCAUCAGUCUUAAUUUUCUACUCUUGGCCAAUCUAUCAGUCAAACUGGUUCUUUAUGCUUGUAUCUUUCCUUACUAUAUACUUCUAGUUAUAGUGCAUAUGAGAGCCUAAUAGGUAUUGUAGGGAGAUGUAUCGUCUCCGUUCAGUUUUGCCGUAUACAAAUAAUUUUGUGUUGCUUCCCAUUGAAAGAAAUUGAUGGGGAAAGUGACUUAUUUGAUGGGAAUGUAUAUUCUGAAGUCCUUUAAUUGAGCAUAUAAUCUUGUUUUCAAA